AUUUUAAAUAUUUAACCCCAAUUAUUAUUAUAGAGCUGGCUCGAGCCAGCAACUGGCAGAAAGCUCUCUGUUCUUGAGCUAAAGUAAAUCAAGCGCAGCAAGCAAGAAGCCAUGGAUAAGUCUCUUCCUCUCCAUCUCUGCCAUGUCAACAACUUCUCCAUAAUCAUCAAUAGGUCAUAUGCAAUCCUCCACUCGAUAGCUAUCGCUUUCUUGAUAUACUACAGGGUUUCUUUCCUUUCCCAGGAAACCAAAAACAGAACCAUACCCACACUUCCAUGGCUUCUAAUCUUUACCUCCGAGUUGCUGCUCUCUUUAGCCUGGCUCCUAAAACAGGCUUAUCGUUGGCGUCCUGUUUCUCGGACUGUGUUUCCAGAAAGGUUGCCAGGCGAUGAUAAACUCCCAGCCAUUGAUGUGUUUAUUUGCACUGCGGAUCCAAACAAGGAGCCGACUGUGGAGGUCAUGAACACUGUGAUAUCAGCUAUGGCGCUAGAUUAUCCACCGGAAAAGCUUCAUGUUUAUCUUUCUGACGAUGGUGGUUCCGAUGUAACUUUGCUUGGGGCGAAGGAGGCUUGGAACUUUGCAAGGUCGUGGCUUCCAUUUUGUAGGAGAUAUAGUAUCAAGACAAGCUGCCCUGAGGCUUAUUUUUCAGGACCCAAAGAUGACCAUGGUGACUUCCAGUGUUCUGAGUUCAAGGCAGAGUGGCAAAAGAUUGAGGAGAAAUAUGAGAUGUUCAAGGAACGGGUAAAGAGAGUUCGAGAAGAACAUUGUAAUGUAGCGGAAGCAGCUGCUGCCACUACCAAAAGUCGUGAUCACCCAGCUGUUAUUGAGGUUAUUCAAGACUAUUCCAAUGAGGAAUUGCAAGAAGAUAAAGUUAAAAUGCCUCUCCUUGUUUAUGUUUCUCGUGAGAAAAGGCCUUCUCAUCAUCAUAAUUUCAAGGCUGGAGCCCUCAACGUCCUUCUUAGGGUUUCGGCGAUGAUGAGCAAUUCCCCUUAUAUUCUGGUGCUUGAUUGUGACAUGUACUGCAAUGACCCAACUUCAGCUAGGCAAGCGAUGUGUUAUCAUUUUGAUCCUGAGAUGUCUCCUUCACUAGCAUUUGUACAAUUCCCUCAAACAUUUCGGAACAUUAGUGAAGACGAUAUCUACGACAGCCAAAUUCGAUUUGUAUUCAAGAUACACUGGCACGGUUUAGAUGGGCUAAGAGGACCAGUUUUGUCCGGUACAAACUUUUAUAUAAAGAGGGAGGCAUUAUUGGGCAGUUUUAGUACGCAAGAAGGUACAGACCUUAGAGCACUUAAGAGAUCGUUUGGUCCAUCCAACGAGUUCAUUAAAGCCCUUGGUCAAGAUUACAAGCCUACUUUCAUCCAUGAUGGGGAAUCGUCAAGCAUGUUGCUGGAAGAGGCCAAAGUUUUAGCCUCUUGCUCCUACGAAAGUCAGACAACAUGGGGUACAAAGGUGGGUUUUAUGUAUUUUUGUGUUUUGGAAGAUUACUUCACAGGAUUUGUUUUACACCGCAAGGGCUGGAAAUCUGUCUAUCUUAGUCCGCCAAGGCCACAAUUCUUGGGAACUUCUACCACAAAUUUCAAUGACCUAUUGAUUCAGUGGACUAGAUGGUCAUCUGGAUUGGUUGAAGUUGCUAUCUCUAGGUUUUGCCCUCCCAUUUAUGCACCUCUAAGGAUGUCUUUGCUUCAGACCAUGUGCUAUGCAGAGCUUGCAUUUUUGCCUCUUCUUGCUUGCCUGCCUCUUUGGGGCUUUGCUCUUAUCCCUCAACUCUGUCUAUUGAACGGCAUUCCUUUGUAUCCAGAGGUUUCUGAUCCGAAUUUCAGCAUAUUUUUGUUCAUUUCCGUAUCUUCUCUUUCAAAAAGUUUAUACGAGGUUCUCAUUACCGGUGGACAAAUUCGGACAUGGAAAAAUGAAUGGAGGAUAUGGAUGAUAAAAGCAGUUACAAGUUUUUCCUAUGGAAGCUUGGAUGGUAUUUUGCAAAAGCUUGGCAUGAGGGCAGCUAGUUUCUUGCCUACCAAUAAAGUUACCGAUUAUGAACAAUUUAAGCUAUAUGAGAUGGGUGUAUUUGAUUUCCGGGCGGCAACCAUGUUUCUUGCGCCAUUGGUUACAAUAAUUCAAGUGAACAUUGCAUCAAUUGUUGGAGGUGUUGUUAGAAUUAUGGUUAUGGAGGAUAAUGAAGAUCAGUGGAAAAAUAUGAUUGGACAAAUCUUUCUCUCAUUUUACAUAUUAAUCACGAAUUAUGCUGUCAUUGAAGGGAUGAUAAUCAGAAAGGACAAGGCCAGUAUUCCAUUAUCUGUUACUUUGUUGUCUGCUGUAUUUUCAGUGAUUAUCUUGUCACUCGGAUCUUCCAUUCUGUGUUAAAAUUAUGGCAUUAUUAGGAAGAAAACUGCAUUGCUGCUUUCUGUAAGUUCAAUUAUUGAAGGGAUGAUGUUGUUCUUCUUCAUCACUCAAUUUAUAUAUUGUUGUAGUUUCAGUACUGAUGUUUUUGUCAACUGACCCUUGUUGAGAAUUUAAUAUAAACUGAAUCUUUAAUUGCAUACGUUUCAAAUUCCUGGUUUAUGAUCUUU